AUGGGAACCCUUGAGGGACACCUGAUGCCAGGAGUGGGCUUCCUUCUCUACUCAUUGUACUACUCGGUGCUAACAUCCUUGGCCCUGCUACGGGAGCAGAAGGUCCUCAAGCACCCCAUGCUCCCGAGGAAGUUGUGCGGGCACAGGCUGUUGCCGCAGGUAUCGUAUGAAGCAUUGAUAAAGGUGCUUAUGGGCACCUUAGCCGUUGUUUGUGAGUUGUUCUACCCCCCAGGGGAAAAUCGUCUGCAGAUGAUAGAUUGGAAGGACCCUCGGCGGCCAUUUAUUUUCAAAGACAACUGGCAGCAUGUUACCAUGUUUGGGUUCUUUGCUUUCAGUGGUGUGGUGGACUUGGUGAGCCAGUCACGGCUGGUGAGAAGCUGGGGUGAGAAGCUGGAACACGCAGCCGAAGCGCUGGCUUUCUAUGUCCUGGUAGUGUUGAUGGCAACCCACACCGAGAACAAAAGCUCCCUAGAGAUCCGAGUGCAUCUUCUGUUAAUGGUGCCGUCCUUUUUGCUUGCUCUGGUGACCACUGUGGAGGUCUGGCUCCCCAACCAUCCCCCAAUCUGGAUCCUCAAGUGUUUGCUGGGGCUGGUGUUCAGCAACUGGUUGUUUCAGAUCUGUGAGAUGUAUGUGCCGCUCACUGGACAACCCUGGCGGUCAGACAGCCCUGCAGACCGUGCUUUCCUAAGCGUCUUCUUCUGCUGGUACAUAGCCUUUUCGAUUGCCUUGUUCAUUGCCGUCUAUGGCCUCUGCAGCCUCUGGCACUGUCACUACUCUUCAUGGAAAAAGACUCCUGGGGCUAGGUACCAGCGGUGCCGGAUAGAAUCCAGCUGUGAAGAACUAGAAAAGCUCAAGGCAGAAGCCCUGCUGCAGGAUGGAGUUGUGUAG